GACACUCAUGUUCCAGGAAUAGGAAUUUUAUUUCAUUUCUUCUGUGAAGUUUGUUUAAAUAAUUAAAUACGACAACGGACAAGUAGAAGAAGAGAGGUUUAACAACUGAACUAACUUCUACUUGCCACUUCAGAAGUGUAACUUAGUGAGGGAGUAUGAUUUAUCUAUGGUGGUAGCCUAGUAGAAGUAGAAGUCAGUAGCAAGGAUGUCACUAGGGCCUGGUUCCGCGGCUAAGGCCAGUGGAAUGGAAGUGGUUGUGGCAGGUGCAGAUCCUGAUUUUAUCACCUUUCUGUUUGAUCCUGAAGAGCAGUACAACUGCUACUUCGUAGUGGGAAACCCUGAAGUUGGAGACACGGAGAGGAUUGGUGUAGUGAAAAAGAUGCUUCUGGCUCACUCUGUGGUUUUCCGAGCAGAAUUACAAAAUUCCAAGAUUGCAGAAAAAAAUGAUGUUAAACUGCCUGACGUCUUCCCCCAAACUUUUAAGAACUUAUUAAGAUUUGUUUACGGCUACGAUAACACUCAAAACUUGAGCUUUGAUGAAGCAGACAACUUGUUGUACGUUGCAGACAAAUAUUUUAUGUCCAAGUUAAAAAAUAGACUUGGUAUCCGCCUGAUGUCUUUGUUGAACCUUACCAACAUCUGCAGCCUUAUGAAUAACCCCGCUUGUUACACCGUUCUCGAGCUAAACUCAAUGAUUAAUGAGAUACUCCAGACAGAAACAGACAAGGUUUUGGCUAGUCCUCUGUUUCCUGACCUGUCUCCCCUCGGCUUUCUAACAAUCCUGCAACAGGAGGUGUGUAAUGUACCUGAAAUUGACCUCUGGGCCUCUGCCAUUGAAUGGGCUACGCAUAGAGUUUCAGGAGAGUCGAAAAAUGGAGAAGUCUUAAGGGAUAAGUUAAAUGACCAUCUGAAACACAUUCGAAUCUGUACAUUGUCUGGCGAAGAUUUGAUGACUCAAGUAGUACCUUCAGGAGUACUGACAUAUGAUGAACUCAAGUUGAUCGGUGAGACUCGCAGAACUAAGAAGGUACAGCCUGACCUGACAACAAUCUGCAACAAGAUUAAAAAGAGGGAAGAACCGUUGUCAGAAUUGAUGGAACAAAAAUUGAACCUGGAGGAUGAAUAUAGAAACACUACUAAUCCAAAAAUAACUAUCAAUACUAAAGGAGUCACAAUUAAGUUGUGUUCAAUAAAGCUUAUGAGCGACAGUACAAGUCAACGACACCAAUGCAGUUGCACAAUAACAAUACAAAAGGGGACAGAACCCCCUACUGAGAUGAGGUACCAAGGACCAAUCUUUGGAGGAGCUUCAAACAAUACCAUUUCGUUUGAUGCCAUGAAGAACGUGCGUUUGUCUCCAAAUUCAAGCUAUUCAGUGAGCCUCAGUUUUGAUUGUGGGUGUAAUCCUUAUCUUUACCAUACGAUGAGAUCAACAGAAAAAGGGAAACACUUUGACACUAAAUUUAACACCUGUUCUGGAUACACUGUUUCCUCUAUAGAAACAAUAUGUUAUAAAACAGUAGGACUAAAAAAAAAUGCUUGAUCUCUGAGGAGGACACAAGUUGACAAUGCUGAAGAAAUGCUUUCAUGAAUAAUUUAUUAUUACAGUGGACAUAAUAUUGAGAAUCAUAUAAACCAAAUAAAAAGGGAUACACUCCUAUACUUUAUUUGAAAAUAUCUUGUGUGAUAGAACGAAAAACACUUUGUUCAUUGGAUGUAAGGAAACAGUAGUUUUUACCGAACUAUUUGAGUUCCUUGUGGGCCUCUUACUUUUUAUGUUUUAUUUAGUUUUUCAUCAAUGUGACAAAACUUUACUUUUUGUUACAGGACAUACCGUAACUCUUAUUUGUUUUCCUUGGUUAAUAGUAGCCUGUUCAUCCUAUGAUUCUGUUUUGGUUGUUUCUUGGUAAAAAUAUAUGAUUGAAUUUUAAGACUUAAUUUAGCAUUUAUCUCAUAUUAACUAUUUGUCUGUUGAAAAAAUAUAUUGUUUAAAUAUUUAUGUACCUCUGUUACUAUAAAUUCUAUUUCAUGGCACUGUAAAAUUUAUAAAAUUGCAAAUUGGGCUCUGUAGUGGAUAAGUAAAUAAGGAACUAGUAAAACACAGCUUCCAACUGAUGUAAAUGUUAAAUACAUUUUGUUAAUUCAGCUAGUAAAACUAACUUGUAAAUUACUGCAAGCACCUGUCAAUAAACAUAA